UCGGAGCUCGGAGGUGCGCCAGCCGCCAAGAUGCCGCCGUUGCGCUCAGGCACGGCCAACAUUGCACAGUCAGACAACCCCGUGCCAUUGCACAUACACUGCACUUUGCUCCACACAUGCACGCCGCACGAUAGCGAUAGCGUCCUCCGCCCGGGCUCAUGCCACGCCGUCGCCGCCCGCCUCGCCCCGGCGCGCUCGCGGACCUCUCUCCCACGCGCAUCGCCUCCCAGAUCGUCCUCCUCCAGCUCGCCUACUAUGCCUGCGCCGCCGUGCUCAUCGUCUUCACCGCCCUAGUCUUCGGCAAGGAGAUCAGUACAGACCUCCUUUUCAGCUGGCGCAGCCUGCGCGGCGACACUACGGUCGGCUGGACCCUCGGUCUCGUCUGGGUGUUGAACAGCCUGACCUGCGCCGUCUUCAUUCUCCUCCUUAUCGCGCGUUCCAAGCUUGUCCUCGAUUUUGCUCUUACCAUACAUUUCAUCCACCUCGUCGUCACCUCGCUAUAUUCCCAUGCCAUCCCGACCAACCUCUUCUGGUGGGCACUUCAGGCAUGCAGUGCUACCCUUAUGACAUCCUUGGGAGUGUGGGCUUGCCAGUGGCGAGAACUUCGGCCCAUUAACUUUGGCUCCAAGACCGUCGCGAGCCAAGGCGCCGAUGCUGUCGAGGAGGACGCUGGCGAGAGCAGAGGAAGGGGCAGGGGCAGGGGGAGAGAUGGCGCAGGAGAAUACGAAAUGGUAGGCAUGGGUGGUGGUGACGACAAUGUUUGACUUGGUAUUGGUGUUACAUUUGCAUGGCAGCGGCGUUUUCUUUGGUCUACCAAUUUUGGCAAUCGAGCGCUGGCCGAAUUGCUUGUUUGGCCACUUGUAUGAUUAUAGGGUUACUGGACCACAACACGACGGCUUUCCUUAUGUAUUCGACCGCUUCACGGCCACUGCAUCCCCAUUGAGUUACCCAAUUUUGGAGCAUGUCAG